AGACGCUCAGAAGCCGACGAUGCAGCCUGUAAUGGUGAAACCCUUCUUCCUCCUCCUCCUCGUCUUCCUCCUGGGCCGGACCGGCGCCGACCUCCCAGCCGACCCCAACUUCACCAAUGACAAACUGAUGGGCGAAUGGGUCGGAGUGGCGGUCGCGUCCGACUGCCCCAUGUUCAGCGCCAUGAAGGCGGAGAUGAAGACGGAGCCGGUUGUCAAGUUCUGGAAGGAUGGAGCCAACCUGAUCUGCGGCACCGGCUUCAGGACAUCCAAAGGCUGCCAGAAGAGAGAAAUUACCCUCAAGGAGAAUGGGAAUGGGCACUUCACCUACUCAGUUCCACAAAUGGGGGACUCGGUGAUGACGAUCCUUAGCAUCACCCCCACCCUGUGCCUGGCACAUACCCUCACCAACGCCCCCGACGGGAAAGUCUACAUCGAACUGCAGUUUUUCAAGAGAGGGGCGGAGCCACCUGAGGGGGCGAAGAAGCAAUUUAGCGACUACGCCAUAAAGCUGGGCCUGAAGGAAGACAACAUCGUUUUUUUCGAAAAAGGAGAGAAAUGUCACUUCAAAUAAAUGCAGGAACCAAGGGCCCCGGGCCCCUUCCCUGCAGCUCCUCUUCCUCUGCCUCCGAGACCCCCCGAGACCCCCCGAGACCCCCCGAGACCUCCCGAGACCCCCAUUCCACUUCCCUCUGUUCCCCCCAGAUCUGAUCUCUCAUUGAAAUAAACCGACCUUACAAUGCA